CUCAAAAAGGACAGCACUCUUUCAUACCUUACCAUUUAUGGUUACAGAAAACUUCCUAGUAGAACUAAGUUAAGAGUUCAGCCACAGCAAAGCAAACCCAGAGAAGUAGAGGAAAGAGAAAAACAAGACGAAACGCUUGGAGCUCUGAGCUCCGCCACUCCGACAGGAGGAUUUUACCCCAAGUCAGCCACCUCACAGAAGCUCCUUCAUCAGCAAAGGCUCCGAGAAAGCAGUUUUGCAUCAGAAACAAAUCAGAGAUUUCAGGUUUCAUGACUCUAAAUCAUGCUGGGAAAAAAGCUAGUGACGGCGCAGAAGCGAGGGGAGACGAGAGCCCUGUGCCUGGGACUAGGAAUGGUCGCAUGCUCCAUGAUGAUGUACUUCUUCAUCGGGAUCACGAUUGUGCCAUCCUACACUAAAAGCGUUUGGACAGCAGAAACUGUGUGCAAGGUGCUCAAAGCCACCAUCAAGGACAAAGUCCACUGCUCACAAAAUGAAGACUCGGAGGAUGAGAGUGUCUUUCACUACCCUUGUCUACAGGUGUGGGUUAAUCUGACAGCCUCAGGACAGGAAGUUAUGUUGUAUCAGACUGAAGAUACACUGGAAAGAAAUCCUAAGUGCUCCUACAUCCCAGGCAACUCUGAGAACCCCAAAGAAGUGAAAACGCGAAUAGAAACGAUUGCAAGCAAUUUCAAAAGGUAUCAGACCUUCCCAUGCUACUAUGACCCAGGAGGAACACAGACAAACGUCAUUUUAAGCAGACUUUAUCCCCUCAAAGGCCUCCUCUUUGCUUUCCUCUGGCCUACACUCUUGUUUACUGGUGGAUGUCUGAUUAUCGUCCUGGUAAAAAUCAGUCAGUAUGUUUCUGUUCUUUCUGCUUGGCAAUACAAAAUAAAUAUCUAGCAUAGACAGUUGCAAGAUAUUAAA